CCUCAAUGCCACCAAACCCUCGCGGAUGCUUGCAGCUGACCGGUUUGAGUGCCGCACUGACCUACAAUGUCGAUUUGGCUGCGCGGAUAGCUUUGGGAGUGACUGUCGGGGAGCAGCAUGGGCUCAAGUCGCUGUGCACAGCCUUGGUGGCGUGUGUCACCCCAAUGUCAAUCCAGGAACGUCUACUCACAACGGCUGUCUUCCUGCAACGAUGAAGAAACUGGCCUCCUGGACGCCUUCGCAGCUGCUCCCCCGCCUUCCGCCGUCGUCAUUCAAAGCCAAAGCCAAGGCGGAGCACAACGCGUCCAUCCCCGCCGCUGUCCUCCCACCCGAGAUCCUCUCCCACGUCUUUCUCAUCCUGUGCCAGGACUGCCUCCCGCCAGACUACUCCUGGAUCGCCACCUCCCAGGUCUGCGCGUCCUGGCGCGCCGCAGCACUCGCCACCCAGGCCCUCUGGACGCACCUCGUCUUCCGCUCCCCCGCGUGGAUCACGCGCUGCAUCUCGCGUACGGGGACCCAGCUGCUAAUCGUGCAGACGACGAUCGGGAGCGAUGCGGGGCUGAAGAUGGUGCUCGAUGUGCUGGAGCGGUACCGCGCUCGCAUCGGUGCGAUCUGCCUCGCGGUGUAUGAGUCGUGGAGCCAGCCGUAUCUGUGGAAGUUUCUGGCGGGAGACUUCCCGGCCGUAGUGGUCAAGCGGUAUUCGGAUUGGAGUGUGCCGAAAUUGUAUGAAUAAUCAAAUGCUCGGGCAGAGGAUAUCUAGAAUUGGGUAGCCACGUCUAGAAUCCGUUAGAUCCAGGCAUCGUGACAGCAGUAGGAGUGAUUCCAGGGACAUUUUCCACAUGACAGUUUGUACACAGGCUUAUCGACACACCUAGCUGUUUCAUCGUUCUGCUUAUGUAGCCACAGCAAACGAAUAGCUCAUCUAUGUCAUAGCCUGACCGAUAACGGAUCUAAUCAACUCAUUCAAAUUGAUUCCGAGGGAACGCAUGCCGUCACGCGGUCACGCGCUUUCUUCUUCCCACCACGACGCACGAGCCGAGAACCCACCCGUCAUGCUCGCCGCCACGCAACAGGUAUCCUACCCGAUAGCCGGACCGUCGCAGCCCUACCCGGAACUCCCACCCGGCUCCUUUGCUCCACACAACAACACCACCAACAGCGGUCUGCCCUUCGCGAUGGCCACGGCCCAGCCAGGCCCCGUCGCGCUGCCGCCAGAUCCCAAUUCCCCCGAGGCGUUCAAGCAGAACCUGGACAUGAUACAGCAGCAGGUGCUGCGGGUGCGCAGUAUGGCGCGGCAGACACUGGACGGAAUAAACAAUGCGUAUCAGCUGGGUCGGACGCCAGCCCAAACCGAAGCGGACAUCGCCACGCUGAAGCAGGCGACGGAGUUGCUCUUCGACAUGCUAAGGCAGAGCGGCGUCGGCGCUCUCCCCCUCCUCCCUCCUCCGCCACCAAGUGACGACGGUUCUGUACCGCCAGCUCCGCCCGAGGAGCAGCUGCUCGUCCAGACGAACCGCGGCCUGUCUGCGACAUACGACCAGCUGAAGCGAUUACAGGACGCGGCGACGAUCGGGAUGAAUCUCCUCGGGCAGGGACAGACGUAUGGGGCUGUCGCCGGGGCAAGUCAUGCGCAGAUGCUGGCCCAGGGACACAAAUGAGCAGAGCAGAAAUCGAGAUCGGGCGGAGGCGCACUGCUCUGGGGAACAUGCUUUGAUUGUGCCUAUUACUCGUUCCAGUGGGAUACUUCAAUAUUUCCAUGCACUUUUGUUGGCAGCGAAUCACCAAGAGAAAGGGAGUGAGAACCGAGAACUUGUGCCCAUUGGGGUUGGGCUCAUUGGAGUUCCAAUUUGGCAGCUGGAUCUAGGGCAUUAAUGGGGUAGUGGUAACCUGGGUCGUUGCCAUGGCAUUCAAUGUCGACCCGCCGGGGGUUCGAUUCCCCCUUAAUGCAGUAUCGAUGAGUUGCAUAGCUCUGAGUCUGAGCGUCGAA